AUGGUAUUGACUCGCGUUACGUUCUUCGCCUCGCGACGGCCCCUAAUCUUCCAAAGUAUCGUGUCGGGCUGCAUCGCUGCCAGCGGUGAUGCGAUGAGCCAGCUGGUGAUCGAAGGCACCACGCUUGACCGAUACGACGUGGUCCGGACUAGUCGAUUCGCCUUCCUCGGGACCUUCCUUGUGGCUCCAGUGUUGUUUCACUGGUUCCGCACCUUGGACCGUCUCCGCUUCGGACCACCUGUUCUUCACCCCGUGCAGCGCGUCCUCGUCGACCAGCUCCUUUUCGGGCCGGUGUUCAGCACUUGUUGGCUGACUUCACUCCGCAUCCUCGAGGGCCGCUCCUGGGAAGACAACUUCAAACUGCUCCAGCGCGAUUGGUGGCCGUUGUGGAAAACUGGACUCUGCUUCUGGCCAAUCGUCCAGCUGCUCAACUUCACAUUCGUCCCGCUCAACAAUCGCGUAAUCACCACCAAUGCCGCGGGGCUCAUCUGGAACUGCUACAUCUCCUUCAAGACCCAAAAAGCUGUCAUU